AUGGAAAAGGAAGAAACUAGGCUGUUUGGCAAAAGAUCGAAGGGUGCUGCUACUAGCAUUGCGUGGAAAGUUGGUGAUGGGGAAAGAAUUCGCAUUGGGAAAGAUUGUUGGAUUCCAGACGGGAAAGGAAAUUUCAGUACAGCUUGUGUUCAAGACAGAUGGAAAGAUCUUAAAGUGGGAGAGCUCUUUUCGGAAGCUGAAGUGUCGUGGGAUACAAAUAAACUUGCGGAAAUCAUGCCGAGGAAGGAGAUUUGGAAGUUUUCUGGCAGUUUGAGGAUUAAUAUGGCUAAUCCAGAUAGACCUUUUUGGCCAAGCGGAAGAUGCAACUCUUAUUCGGUUAAGUCGGGAUAUCUCCUGGCGGUUUCUCUUCGCAGUCGUGAAGAAGCCUCCUCCUCUCAUGUUCUAACAGGCCUUUGGAACUGGAUAUGGGGGCUUGAGGUCAUUCCCAAAGUCAAGAUCUUCAUGUGGAAAUGUUUGAGUGGUAUUUUCCCGACGACCAGAGCUCUUAUGGCGCGCUCUAUCGAGGUUGAUCCAGUUUGCUGUAGAUGUGGAGAGGAGGUGGAAUCUUCGGAGCACGCUUUGCGCGACUGCCCAUGGAUGGUGUUUUUGUGGGAAAUCUCGCCACUCAGGCUACGUCCUCUUAGUGCGGCUGAAAUCUGGAAUGUUAAAGAUUGGUUUGAACAGAUUAGGUCGAUACCAGAUAAGGAGGUUCAUGCUACUUUUGCUACUACUGCUUGGGCUUCAUGGUAUGCUCGAAACCUUUUGCUUUACCAAAACAAGAAUCUCACCCACAUUGAGUGCUCCAUGGUGGCCCAGAAAGCUAAGUGGAAAAGAUCGGCUAGCUCUUCAUCGAUCAUUUCUCAACCCAGAAGUAUUUCUUGCAGCCGAGACUCGCAGGUUAGGAUCCAAUGUGACGCUGCUAUUGGAGAGGGAGUUGGGAUUGGUUUCGGCGCUGCAAUGUUUGAUGUUGAUAAUGGUCUGCUGGGAGUGAGGUGGGGUUUCACACCGGGUGUUUUCACGGCAGAGGAGGGUGAAGCUCGGGCCAUUCUUGAAAGUUUACAGCUGUGCGAAGAAAAGGGUCGUGGAGAUGCUAUUCUUGAAACGGACUGUCAAACGCUGUAUUGGAAACUCAUCAAUCGGGAGGAGGAUUUAUCUACUCUUGGAGACACCCUAAACGAAAUCUUCUUGCGAACUGACAGCAUGCAGCAGAUCAGUUGGAGCUGGACGUCAAGAGCAAAUACUUUUGUAGUUGAUCGACUUGCUAAGCAUGCUCUUUGUCUUCGUUCUCGUUUUACUUCUUCUGAUGGUUUUCCCUCUGUUUUGAACUCUUCUGAGUUGGUUGAAUGA